GACCGCACAUCUUCAGAUUCGGCACAAAAUUCUCCACAUCCUUUCUAUUUGUAACAGAAAAAAAGAGCGGCAAAAAAGUUGAAAAUUUUAGCAAAAAGCAAAAGGAAAUGGACGAUCGCCGGCGGCGACAGAAGCAGCAGCAGCACUCGGCGGUGGACGAAGUGAUGAAUCUGAUGAUCAAAGCGAACCGCGAUCUCUCGAUCGUCCAGCGCCGCCUCGAUCAGGAGUUCCAAGCCACUUAUCCUGAACAUGCGAAUCCCUGCAAGCUUGUUGCCCGGAUUAAGAAGAUCCAAGAGGAUUUGGUGUCGCUCAAGGAGUUGUGCCGAGAUCUCCUCAAAGAGAAGCAGGAUUUGAUCGACAAAGCAACAACUCUGGUUGCACAAAGAAACUCUCUACAACGUCUGCUAGCGUCCUCGGGUCUUCCACUUAUAGACGAUUCUGAUGAGAUGGCAUAUACACAUUUAAAUCAGGUUAUUAACGAAUGGGCAGAUCACGUUAGAGGAAAAAAAGGGGAUGAGAAGGAGAGUGAAGAGGAUAUCAAUCAAAUACUUUUCUCGGCAAUAGUGCGGAACAAUUAAGGUUUAGCAGCACCCGUUGGCAAGUGUUUUUCUCAUAUUACAUUGAGCUUAAUUAUUUGAUCGGAUUAAUCCCAAUGUGAAUAUCCAAAACUUAUGUGUUUUAAAGGUUGUAUUGCCUUCGGCUCUAUGGUGGAAGACCCACAUAUUUAACGUUUUGUGUAAAGUUUUCUAAAGUUACAUAAUGUUGUGUAUCUUUUCCGGUAAGUUCAAUUUUAUGCUCUGAGAAAGAGAAUUAACAUU